AUGAACGCAGCGCUGCUUCAGGGCCUCCGGCGUGCGGGUCAUUCGCUUAAGGAAGGCAGUCAUAAUGAGGCAGAGUAUGUUAUUCGAUCUCUACAGGCCAUUAAUGACCCUGCAGCAGCAGAGGAGACAAUUCGUAUACUCCAAGACAGCGUCCAGGAACUGGGCCACGAUGUGACAUAUGUGCACUUUGCCGCAUUUCGUCUCCUGAGGUUUUAUCUCACACGCAAUGGGGUUUUGUGGGGUGAAAGCACACGGCGACUCUUGCAUUUCUUAUUGGAUUACGUAGAGUCGAAAGGAGAGCAAAUUGUGACCCUUGCGUGGCGCCCUGUAUUAUCGGAGGCAGCUUUGGAUGCAGCCGUUAUGUUAAAACUUAGCUGCGCUGGUGCUGAAGGUGGCGUUGAUACAACUAUUUUUUUAGGGAUUGUUUCUGAUAUGCUGUCUCUUCUAGCUGAACGUAAAUCGGAAGGGUUCAUCGUUUUUGUGCGUCAUGUGGUGAUCCAUCUUGUUGAGGAAUUCGGUUUGUAUCAUCCAUCAUCCAGGGGGAGGGAAAUGCCGUUACGGUUUCAUCGUGCAUGCCGCUCCGUAUUUGAAUGUCAUGGUUUGGUGCGUUUUCUGGACGCUCUACUGUGCUGCGCGGCCACUGGUCUUUCAGAGACUUCUCGAACCGUUGAGGCACUUUUUCAGUGUUUGGACACCAUUUUGUCGUGGUCUACUCACUGCUUUUUUGAAGAAGAAGUGGCCGAGGAUGAGUGUAGUCAUUCUUUCCGAGUCUCAGGCAUUUUGUGGCAUACGUUGCUUUUGGAGGGCGUCACAGUAGCAGGGACGAAAAUCACCAUAGACUCCCUGCUUCGCACGUGGUACUCUGAAGGUAAUCUGUGUGGUUUCUUCUUUAAUCCUUUAUCGCUUGUGGAGCUAAUUUGUCAAUUCUGUGGCAUUACUAUGGAGUCAUGGAGCGUUUCUGACAAGAUGAACUACGGAGAAAGAUUUCUUUCUCUUACAUGU